AUGAAAAAUCAUCUGGACGUGAAUCAGAGUUCAUCUUGUGAACAUUUGUUUGACCAGUUUGUCACAGCUGCAACCUUCAAGACUAUCCUGGCAUGCUUUCACCAACUGCUAGACUCAUGCAGGCUGCCUGAUGGCAGUCACACUUAUUUAUACCAAGGGUUGAAGGUGAAAUUAAAGGGAUCAUGGAGAGCAGAGAGUUUAUUUUCAAAAUUAGAUAAAAGGGCAGCACAUAAAGAUUACAAAAAAGGCAGUGUUUGUUCCAAUAAAAAGGUUCUGAUCAUAGGAGCAGGUCCUUGUGGGCUGCGAACAGCCAUCGAAUGUGCAUUUUUGGGAGCCAAGACUGUCAUUGUUGAAAAGAGGGACAGAUUCUCACGAAAUAAUGUACUUCACUUGUGGCCAUAUCUUAUCAGUGACCUCAGAAACCUGGGUGCAAAGAAGUUCUUUGGCAAGUUCUGUGCUGGUGCUAUAGAUCAUAUCAGCAUCCGACAAUUGCAGUGCAUACUCUUGAAAGUAGCUUUGUUGGUUGGAGUGGAAGUUCAUGUUAAUGUUGCUUUUGAUGGGCUGGUUGAACCUUCAGAGCAUGCAGAUUCAG